UGUUGUUUUGUUGGUGUGUUUUGAUUGUGACUGCUCAUUAUUUUUUACGUUUUUUACUCGCAGGUGACUCAUCGAAUACAGAUCGAAUAUAAAAAUUACUGUAUCUGAAAACAGCGAAAAACAUCGGUCAAAAUGUUUUCUAGUGGCCCGAACUAUACUAAGCUCAAGACUAACCUUCGGUUGGCUGUAAAUCGUUUGAAGCUCCUCGAGAAGAAAAAAACAGAACUUGCUCAAAAGGCCAGAAAAGAAAUCGCUGACUAUCUUAUCGCGGGGAAACCAGAACGGGCCAAAAUUCGGGUUGAACACAUUAUUCGGGAGGAUUUUCUUGUGGAAGCGAUGGAAAUCGUGGAGAUGUACUGCGAUCUGGUGCUGGCGCGGUUUGGAUUAGUCACGCAGAUGAAGGAUCUGGACGAGGGAAUCGAGGAAGCUGUAAGUAGCAUAGUGUGGGUUGCCCCGAGACUGCAAGCCGAUGUUCAGGAAUUGAAACUAUGCGCGGAUAUUUUCACUAUUAAGUAUGGCAAACAGUUUGCCGAAUCGGCUCGAGCAGCAAUUCCGCCGCAUAAGGUGUCAGACAAGCUGAUGCAUAAAUUGGCCAUCCAGGCACCACCGAAGCUACUGGUGGAGAAGUAUCUCAUAGAGAUUGCGAAAAUAUUCAAUGUGGACUAUGAGCCGGAUCCGCUGGUGAUGAAAGACGAUAAGCCACACCCGGAAAAUAGCAUACUGAUCGACUUGUCCGAUCGGAACAAUUUGGAUGGAGGGAGUGGCGGUGGUGGUUCCUCUUCUGGUGGAGGGGGUGGAGGAGCUCCAGCUCCCAUGGGUUUUAUUGGGUAUCCACAGCCACCCCCUCUACCGCAUCUUCCCCAAAUAAUUCCGUUCCACUAUCCGCCUGGUCCUAGUGGUCAACAAUUCGGCACAGCUUCAGCGCCACCAUUCAACUACAAUAUUCCACCGAAUCCGCCCGGUCCUCCGUUUGACGAAGAGAAGGAUUUGAACACCAAUUCAAAUUUCAUUCAUCAGGAAAAAAGGCUCAUGGGAGGAGAUGUUGGUCCUCCGCCAUCGUACGCUUCGCUGAGUCCAGAUGAUAAUAUGCAGAACUCUUCCAAACCGAAACCACAGCCACGAUCGAAGAUUUCACCGGAAAUGAACUUCCCAGUGCUGCCGAAUGUGCCGGCCGAUCUGCCAGACGUCCCCAUGGACAAUAGUCCAGGUCACCAGGAGGACAACGAUGAAAUCGAUUUUGACGAGUUGUCCAAACGAUUCGAGGAGCUGAAGAAAAGAAAAUAGAAUUCUUUCGUAAUAGUAGGAGAAGCUUGCACGUAGAGGUGUUUGAAGUUGAAUUUAUUUUAUCAAUGAUCAACUACCCAAAUAUUUACUUUUAUCAGUUAUCUAAACCAGUCACACUGUACUUGUUUAGCUGUUAAGCAUUGUAUUGUUUUGUGAAGAUAUAAAAUACUGCUAAUGAUAUACAAUGUAUUCUAAAAUAAAUAUUCUAUUGUCUGAA